UGGUAAAAUGUAAUUUUUUGCUUUACAAUUGCAAUUUCUUUUCUAUGCUUAAAAAGAAGGACCCAACAUGAAAACUAUAUGCUCUGCAAAAUAACCCCUUCAAUGUUGAAAUACUUACCCACAUUCACAAUAGCAGCAAGUUUGCUUUCACACAUAGAAAAAGAUAUUUGCGUAAAUAUGAUGGAAUUAGCAAGCCACAUAUUUUUAUUUUACUGUCUCUUUUUAUUCCAGAGUUCAACAGAGACCCCCACCACCAGCAGCAGGUGCAGCAGCACUGAGGAUGAAGAAACUCUGAGCAUGAGAGACAAAGAAGGUUUCAUCUGUGCCGUGUGCUUGGAUGUGUACUUCAGUCCUUACAUGUGUCACCCAUGCAACCACAUCUUCUGUGAGCCCUGUCUGAGGACACUUGCAAAGAACAAUUCCACCAAUACCCCCUGCCCUCUCUGCAGAACCGUCAUCACUCAUGUCUUCUUCCAAAAGGAGCUGAAUCAAACAGCAAAGACAUUCUUCCCCAAGGAAUACCUUUCCAGAAAGCAAAACUUUCAGAGAGCACCUUGCUCAAAGUGGCCUCUCCCAAGCUGCAGGAAGCUCUUCCGCAUCUUUCGAGGUUUCCAAAGGCAGUCAACCCCAAGUGUGAGACGCCAGUUCCCCCAUGGAGGAGGAUUCCCACUCGACACUCUCGACUUCGAGGAUGACUCUAGAGGCUGGCGUUUCGACAUGGACAUGGUCAUAAUCUACAUCUACUCAGUCAACUGGGUUAUUGGAUUUUUUAUAUUCUGCUUCCUUUGCUAUUUAUUCUUUCCUUCCUUUUGACAAUCUUGCCAACUGUGAUGGAACGACACAGAAAUGCAGCACAUUGAAGACUGAGGAGGAGAAAUGUAUUAUUUAAAGACGCACUAAAUGUAUUGUGGAAGAUGGAAGACCUGAGAAAUCAGUUUUAGCGAGAAGCCAAAGACUGAACUUCAAGUAGGUGCAAAAAUAAGAAUUUAAAAAAAGCAAAUUGUGUAGAUGAGACAUUUUGAACUAAAAUGUUCUGUUUUCUGACUUCAUCUGACCCACACACAGGGAAGCAAAGCCAAGUUAAUAAAUCAUUCAGGCUGCAGUGUUUAUUUUUGACCUGAUUCAGUUAUUGUUUAGACUAAAUUGGUAGGUGUAGUUGUUCAAAACCAAACAUUGAUUUCAAUUAUGAAAUACUUUAAAAAUGCAACAUAAAUAUUUUGUCCACAUGCAAGACCUAAUAAAGGAAAGUUUUUUGUUAA